AUGCGCCAAGGCGGUGCGCCUGUUUACACGCACAGGGCAGAGGCCGUUGGUAAUCCCUGGCAUUCAAGUUCCGCUUUAAAACGGUGGUAUCAUACAUUCGUUGACGGGGCCGCUUUGCUCACAACCAUCCCCCCUGCUCGUCGCCAGCCCCGCUCCCCAGCAUCUAAUACAUCUAUUCACGCACGUCGCCGCACAACCGCCCCCGAGAACCAUGUCGGAAAUCAAAGGAACCUUGUCAUCGUUGGUGAUGGUGCUUGCGGAAAGGUAUAUGUACCAACCGUGUUCGAGAACUCUGUUGCCAAUGUCGAGGUCGACGCUCGUCAAGCUUUGAUGUGCCAUACCUAUGCCUGCCUGCCUCUCAUUCUCGUCGUCUGCAAAACAGAUCUCAGACCUGACUCCCGUGUGAUUGAGGAGUUUAGAAUGACGAGCCGUAACCCCCUCAAAGAGGGUAUGGCAGUCGCCCAGAAGAUCGGGGCAAAGCACUACCUCGAAUGCUCCGCCAAGUCGGGUGAAGGCGUCCGCGAAGUCUUCCAGUACGCCACCCGCGCCGCACUGCUCAGCAGAGGAAAGGGCAAGAAGAGCCACCAUUGCAUCGUGUUGUAG